AUGGCGCAGGGGAUGGCGUCCCAGAUUGCAGCGUUUAGCUGCGUCGUGUAUGGCCUGGGCUGGGUGCACGUGCUUCUACUCGGACUGCUCGUCGCCCUUCUGGGACAGAUGGCUUUCGAUGCGAGCGGCCUGUGCACGUGGGCGAAGCUGCGGCCUGAUGUUUCGGACUCCCUGCUCUACUGCUUCUUCCCCCUGCACAUCCUCAACUUCGCCCUGUCCCUGCUCCUGUCUUCCCUGUCCUUGCUGACCUGGGCCUUCUCCCAAGCACACGCCUGCGGGCUCUGGUCGUGGCCACAAGCAGACGUAGACAUCGCCGAGCUGGUGCGGGGCGCCGUGCUGGGAGUGGUGUGCUUUGAGGCUGUCCCCUUGACGUUGCGCCGGCUCUGCUCUCAGACAGCCCCUACACCUGUUCACCUCAUCCAGUACGGCUCAAGAGAAGGCCGGAUUGCGCAGAACAUGGAGGAGCGAACUCUCCACGAGCCGGGUCCCAUGCGGAGGACCGUGCGCCUGGAGGUUCUGGAGGUGAGCAUCAAGACCUACACGGGGCAUUGGGCCCGAUGGCUCCUGCGCUGGCCCACCACACUGGCCUUGGAGGUGGAGGCCCUCCCCGAGCUCGCGGGCCGGCGGGUCCAGCCCAGCACGUUCCGGACUCGCUGCCUGAACUAUCUGAGCUUCCUGGGGCGCACGAGCUCACCGGGGUGCUGCAGCUGCAGCGCCCGGGAGGAGGCCCUGGCGGCGCUGACGGUGGAAGGUGACUUGGACCACUUCAUGCUCAAGAUCUACGAGCAGGGCGCGCGCACGCCCCGGUGGACGAAGGCGUACCCCUGGACCCGGAAGUAUGCGGACGCCCUGGAAGCAAACAAGGCGGAGUGGAUCGAGGUGGUGGAGCUUGACGAUCUUGGACCUCAGAGAAGUAUCCUGUACGACCGAUGGUACUUCUUCUUCGGCGUGCGAACCGGGGAGUUCCCGGCGCGGGUUAAGAUCAAGGUGCAGCAGACGCUGACGCCUGGGAUGCCCAGCAGCAUCAAGCAAGUCCGCCCCGUGACAACCACGAGGCAGACCAUCGUCACCACAAAGUUUGGUGACUGGACGACGACCUAA